GACAGUUAUGUGAAUUGUCAGUCGUAAAAUUACUAACCAGCUGUUGAUAUACAGGCACAACAAAUAGCCAACAUACACAUACAAAGAUUUAUACAAAUCUGUAGCUGAUAAGAAAAACAGCAGCAGCAGCAGCAGCAGCAUAUAUACAAAACAAUUAUGACCGCUGCUCACGUAGUACACAAACAGCGGUCGUUCGCAACGCAACAAGUUUAAUCGCUAUCAGCAUAUUAUUGAGAGGGACCCCACCGGACAAAGCAAAACGAUGCGCAGCCUGAAUCGCUUUCGUUUGAUAACCUUCGAUGUGACCAAUACGCUGCUGCAAUUUCGCACAAGCCCCGGCAAACAAUAUGGCGAAAUCGGAGCGUUGUUUGGUGCGCGCUGCGAUAACAAUGACUUGGCCAAGAACUAUAAAGCCAAUUGGUAUAAAAUGAAUCGUGAUUAUCCUAAUUUUGGCGUGGACACAUCGCCGCGACUUGAGUGGCAGCAAUGGUGGCGUCAGCUGAUAGCAGGCACCUUCGCAGAGAGCGGCGCAGCCAUACCCGAUGAGAAAUUAGAUAAUUUCGUUAGCCAUUUGCUGGAACUGUAUAAAACGACGAUUUGCUGGCAGCCAUGUAAUGGCAGCGUGGAGCUGCUCCAACAGCUGCGCAAACACAAUCUAGCGGAUAAACAGCUUAAAGUAGGCGUCAUAGCCAACUUUGAUCCGCGACUUGACGCGCUGCUGCGCAACACAAAGCUCGAUCGUUACCUGGACUUUGCGCUGAACUCAUAUACGGCAAAAGCGGAGAAGCCACAGUUGGCUAUCUUUCAGCGCGCCAUGGAGGACUCGAAGCUGGCAAAUCUGAAGCCAGCUGAGUGUCUGCACAUUGGGGAUGGGCCCACGACAGAUUAUCUGGGCGCCAAAGAAGCCGGCUGGCAUGCAGCACUGGUGCACGAGAAAAGCUACUCCUAUCUAUCCAAGAAAUACGGCACGGACAUCAAGCGCAAUCAUGUCUUUCCCAGUCUCUAUGACUUUCACAAAAAGUUAACAGACGAUGCUGUCGUCUGGUGAUGAACAAUAAUAAAAUUCUGCGCUUAAAAAA